AUGUCUCGACCAUCUCGGAUACACGCGUAUAUCUCCUCGGCGUGGAGAUACACGUUGCUGGCACUGCAGUCCGGAAUCACAUUCCCCAUUCUUGUGUUGUACAAGAUCGUUGGUGUCUUUCUAUACCUGAUCCUGAACAGAUUUGGGACAAAAUUGAACAAGUAUCAUCACGAUGGUUAUACUACAUUGAAAAAGACCACUCCCCAAGACAAGGCCCGCCAGUUCAUAAACAAGUUCGACUCUGAUGAACUCACGCUCCUAGAGUGCGGAUACUCUCAGGCCCUAUACAAAUCCAAGCGCGAAAUGAAAUGGCUUUUGUGCUAUAUCCAAAGUGAAGAACACGAAGAUCAUUUGAGGUUCAAACAAAAUGUAUUGCUUUCGCCGCAAUUUGUGGAUUUUGUUAAUUCCCACGAUUUCCUAGUUUGGGGAGGCGACAUCAGCCAGAGCGAGGCGUUCCAGGUAGCAAACGGGUUCAAAGUGACAAAAUUUCCGUUUCUGGGCCUACUGACUCUGACGGUCAAUUCUACCCCAACAGCUAAUGGCGUGACGACCUCGGCACCGGUAUUAUCGCUGGUGUCCAAAGUGCAGGGAUACCAGGAUGUGUACAAAGUGAUAACUAAAUUCAGCAAGGCAUACGACAAGUACAACCCUACGCUGAUCACGUUGCGUCAUGAUCACGAGCAGAUUGAGCAGGACCGCCAGGUCAGGCGAGCACAGGACGAGGCUUUCGAGAGGAGUUUGAAUGUGGACCGUGAAAGAACGAGGCAGCAUCAGUUGAGACAGCAACGUGAGAGAGACAGAGAAUUGUAUUUGAAAUGGAGAACUCUGAGUAUGAAACCUGAGCCUGAUACCUCGGCCAAAGGGACAUAUGCUCGGGUUGCCAUCAGACUGCCAGAUGGCUCCAGAACGUCGAGGAGGUUUAAUAAAGACAUCAGUGUGGAGGAGAUCUAUGCCUUUGCGGAAGCCUCCAGCACUGGGAUCAUUUCGCUUGAAAUACCACCAGAUGUGGAGAAACCUGAAGGUUAUGAGCAUGAGUACAGUUUCAGGCUGAUCCAGGUAAUGCCCAGGAUGGAAGUUUCGUGUGAUGAUACCAGGAUCGAGGACUCGGUAGUUUGGCCCAACGGAAACUUGAUAAUGGAAGAGAAGGAGUGA